AUGAACAACGGCACAGUGGGAGCGCCGAGGAAUCACAGCAACUAUGUGAUUCCCGGUCUGUAUGACCUCUCCGUCGAGGACACCAACUGGGUCCUGACCUCCUCCUUCAUCAUCUUCACCAUGCAAACGGGUUUCGGUAUGCUGGAGUCCGGUUGUGUAAGCAUCAAGAACGAGGUGAACAUCAUGAUGAAGAACGUGAUCGACAUUGUUCUGGGCGGAUUUACUUACUGGCUCUUCGGCUACGGAAUGAGCUUCGGUCGCGGCCCACUCUCCAAUCCAUUCAUCGCCAUUGGGGACUUCCUGCUGGAUCCACCGGUGGGCGAUGCACUGAUGGGACAGAUUUUUGCCGCCUUCCUGUUCCAACUGUCGUUCGCCACCACGGCCACAACCAUUGUCAGCGGCGCCAUGGCUGAACGCUGCAACUUUAAGGCAUACUGCCUGUUCUCCUUCCUGAACACCGCUGUGUACUGCAUCCCCGCUGGUUGGGUGUGGGGCGAGCACGGAUUCCUCAACAAGCUGGGCGCCGUGGAUAUUGCCGGCAGUGGACCAGUGCAUCUGAUUGGAGGCGCAUCCGCCUUCGCCUCGGCCGCCAUGUUGGGUCCUCGACUGGGUCGUUACUCCGAGGGAUAUGAUCCGCUGCCACUGGGCAAUCCUGUCAACGCGUGUAUGGGUCUGUUUGUCCUCUGGUGGGGCUGGUUGGCCUUCAACUCGGGCAGCACCUAUGGCGUUAGUGGGGCUAAGUGGCAGUACGCAGCACGAGCCGCCGUUAUGACCAUGAUGGGAUCAUUUGGAGGCGGAUUCACCAGCUCCAUCUAUUCCUUUUGGCGCCAUGGGGGCGGCAUGGACAUCAUGGAUCUGAUCAAUGGAGUGCUCGGCUCCCUAGUGUCCAUUACGGCCGGGUGUUUCCUGUACCGCGCCUGGGAAGCUCUCGUAAUCGGAGCCAUUGGCUCGCUUUUUUGCGUCCUGGCCAUGCCGCUCUUUGAUCGUAUGGGCGUGGAUGAUCCGGUGGGAGCCAGUGCUGUGCACGGAGUUUGCGGCAUUUGGGGCGUAAUUGCCGUGGGACUGUUUGCUGAUAAUCCCAUCCCACUGGACACGACCAACGGACGCAGUGGUUUGUUCAAGGGUGGCGGCUGGUAUCUGCUGGGCAUUCAGACGCUCUCGGCGUUAUGCUUAGCCUGUUGGGGCGUCUGCUCCACAUUCCUGCUGCUGUAUGUGAUCAACAAGAUUAUACCCAUUCGCAUGGAUCCACACGAGGAGCUGCUCGGCGCCGAUCUAACGGAGCAUCGGAUUCGGCACUCACAAAUCGGUUUAUCGCGAGCCAUCUCAGCGUUGGCGCCAAUUAAGGUGGAUCUGAAAGAUAUCGCCGGCAUCCAGCCCAUCGGAAUAAAUCCUGGCCACGAGCGGAGCAUAGAUCAGCUGCGAGCGGCAGAGGACAAAUUGCAGCAGUGGCAAUCCUACCUGGAGCAGGUGAGUGGUUCGCGAGCCAAUGUAAAAAUGGACGCCGGUCAAUCGCACGCCGACAUCAACUUCAAGCCCAGGACGGCGGGAAACGUAUUUAACCGUCGUAUCCCUGCCCGGAAGAGCAUAAGUGGUGGCCUGUACAGAUCCAACAACAGCGAGCUACCGGUGAUAGGCUCUGUGAUGGGUCAGAAACCCGAAAAGGAUCCCAACUUUGCCUGGGUGGAUUAAGCCCAUCUAGCAAGUAAAUUGAAGUCACACAUUUUAAGAGAUUUCAAUCACGCAACAGAAAAAUCUGAUGAAAUCAUGCCGCUC